GCGAGCGGCGUGGGCAUGUGAUGUGUGACCGAGGCCUGACGGACCGUCGCGGUCUGCUAUGGCUCCUCCUGCUACGGCGGAGCGGGGCCAGACGUAACACCACCAGUGCGGGGCGAAAACGGGGGAGAGCAAACACAAGCGACACGGUCCUUUCUCGAGCCGCGGCGGAAAGAUGGCAGCUCGUCCGAUGCUCAACAAAAAGACAUAGACGGCGUGCUCGGCGUCGCCUCCUUCUGCCGUGAAAGCUUCGACGUUUUCCUCCAGAUUACCAACACCCCAAAUGAACUCCGUCAGAGCAAGUAACGUGAACAGAAGACCUAGGCGAGUAUCAAGGCCGCGCCCGGUGCAGCCGGAUAGGAACCACCAGGAAAGAGAUGAGGACAUCCCUGCAGAAAUGGUUGCAGAAGAAUCCGGUCCAGGAGCUCAAAAUAGUCCCUACCAACUUAGAAGAAAGUCUCUGCCCAAGAGAACGGUGUGUCCCACGAAGACAAACAUGGAGGGUGCUUCCACUUCGACGACAGAAAACUUUGGGCACCGACCUAAACGCCCCAGAGUUUCAGGAAAGUGUCCAGAUUUACCAGCUGCUCCGGCGGAGCAGUAUCUGCAGGAGAAGCUUCCAGACGAGGUGGUGCUGAAGAUCUUCUCGUACCUGCUGGAGCAGGACCUGUGCCGCGCGGCCUGCGUGUGCAAGCGCUUCAGUGAGCUGGCCAACGACCCCAUCCUCUGGAAGAGGCUGUACAUGGAGGUUUUCGAAUACACCCGACCCAUGAUGCACCCGGAGGCAGGAAAGUUUUACCAGAUAAACCCAGAAGAACAUGAGCAGCCAAACCCGUGGAAGGAGAGCUUUCAGCAGCUGUAUAAAGGAGCCCACGUGAAGCCCGGCUUUGCAGAACACUUCUACAGUAAUCCUGCCAGAUACAAAGGGAGAGACAACAUGUUUUACUACGACACCAUUGAAGAUGCUCUCGGCGGGGGUCAGGAGCCUCACUUUGACGGCUUGAUAUUUGUCCACUCUGGUAUUUACACGGACGAAUGGAUCUAUAUCGAAUCCCCGAUCACGAUGAUUGGAGCUGCUCCUGGAAAGGUGGCAGAGAAAGUCAUUAUUGAGAACACCAGAGACUCCACUUUUGUUUUCAUGGAAGGCUCCGAAGACGCUUAUGUUGGAUUUAUGACUAUUAGGUUCAACCCCGACGAUAAGUCCGCCCAGCACCACAACGCGCACCACUGCUUGGAGAUUACUGUCAACUGCAGCCCCAUCAUCGACCACUGCAUCAUCCGCAGCACAUGCACAGUCGGGUCGGCCGUGUGUGUCAGUGGUCAGGGAGCGUGUCCCACAAUAAAGCACUGCAACAUCAGCGACUGUGAAAACGUGGGCCUUUACAUCACUGAUCACGCACAGGGCAUAUAUGAAGACAACGAGAUCUCAAACAAUGCUCUGGCCGGGAUUUGGGUGAAGAACCACGGCAACCCGAUCAUCAGAAGGAAUCACAUCCACCACGGCAGAGAUGUCGGCGUCUUCACGUUCGAUCACGGCAUGGGUUACUUUGAGAGCUGCAACAUCCACAGGAACCGAAUAGCCGGCUUUGAGGUGAAGGCGUACGCCAACCCCACCGUGGUUCGCUGCGAGAUCCACCACGGUCAGACCGGGGGCAUCUAUGUGCACGAAAAGGGCCGCGGGCAGUUCAUCGAGAACAAGAUCUAUGCAAAUAACUUUGCAGGGGUGUGGAUCACCUCCAACAGCGACCCCACAAUAAGGGGCAACGCCAUUUUUAACGGCAACCAAGGCGGCGUGUACAUUUUCGGUGACGGCCGGGGCCUCAUCGAAGGGAACGACAUCUACGGCAACGCCCUGGCGGGAAUCCAGAUCAGGACCAACAGCUGUCCUAUUGUGCGGCACAACAAGAUCCACGACGGCCAACACGGCGGCAUAUACGUGCAUGAAAAAGGACAGGGAGUCAUAGAGGAGAACGAGGUGUACAGCAACACUCUGGCAGGCGUGUGGGUGACGACGGGCAGCAUGCCAGUACUGAGGAGGAACAGGAUCCACAGCGGGAAGCAGGUUGGGGUGUACUUCUACGACAACGGCCACGGUGUCCUGGAGGACAACGAUAUCUACAAUCACAUGUACUCUGGGGUGCAGAUAAGGACCGGCAGCAAUCCCAAAAUCAGACGGAACAAGAUCUGGGGCGGCCAGAACGGCGGCAUUUUGGUUUACAACUCAGGCUUAGGGUUCAUUGAGGACAACGAGAUCUUUGACAACGCGAUGGCGGGAGUGUGGAUCAAAACAGACAGCAACCCCACGCUGCGGAGGAACAAGAUCCAUGACGGCAGAGAUGGAGGGAUCUGUAUAUUCAACGGAGGAAGAGGCCUGCUAGAAGAGAACGACAUCUUCAGAAAUGCCCAAGCAGGCGUUCUCAUUAGCACCAACAGUCACCCCACGCUGAGGAAAAACCGGAUAUUUGACGGCUUCGCUGCAGGUAUUGAGAUUACCAACCACGCCACAGCGACCCUGGAAGGCAAUCAGAUCUUCAACAAUCGUUUUGGGGGACUGUUCCUCGCAUCCGGCGUCAACGUCACAAUGAAAGAUAAUAAAAUCCAGAACAAUCAAGACGCCAUUGAAAAGGCUGUGAGCAGAGGUCAGUGCCUGUACAAGAUUUCGAGUUACACCAGCUACCCGAUGCACGAUUUCUACAGGUGUCACACCUGCAACACGACAGACCGCAACGCCAUUUGUGUGAACUGUAUCAAGAAGUGUCACCAAGGACACGAUGUGGAGUUCAUCAGACAUGACAGGUUCUUCUGCGACUGCGGAGCGGGGACGCUGUCGAAUCCGUGCACGUUAGCCGGGGAGCCGACCCACGACACGGACACGUUGUACGACUCCGCUCCUCCUAUAGAGUCCAACACGCUGCAGCACAACUGAGCGCCAGAACCCGAGGUCCCUCAGCGCCUCCGCUCCCAAUCGACAUCGGACACUUUUAGUUGUGCAAAGCAGAAGAGGAAGCCCCGAACUAUUAUACAGGUUCACUUUUGGCUUAAAAAUAAAACACUUGGGACGUGAAAAAGCUAAAUGAUGUUAAGAGAGCAGGGGGGAAAAAGAGAGAAAAAAAAAAAGCAGUUUUUGAAGAUGGAUGCCUCACUUUUUCUUAAACAAGACAGCAGUGGAAGAGAGGAGAGCAGCUGACUCAGGGUUUGUGGGUGGGUGGGUUGAGCCGGUCAGACGGACAGACGCCGCCGUCGCUCAUCGUCCUCAAAGGAGCGAGAGAACAAGAUCCCACGGCGACGUAAAGACGCGGCGACUCCACAUCCGAGGGGGAAAAAUGUCCCACACGCAACGAUGCUUCCACCACUUGGGCGACCGACGUGCUCGUAUUCAACGUACGGGAGGAAAAAAAAAAAAAAAAAUGACCUAGCACUUCAGCUUUUUUGUUUUUUUUUUUCCUUCUCAAGACGACUGUUUAUUUGGUUUUAUGCUUUUGUGUAGUUUUGUAUUUUCAUGCAAAAAUCUUACUGUACUUGAAUGUCUUUAUUUUAUUAUUAAAUGUUUUUUUUUUUGUUUUUGUUAUUCCCCCCCCCCCCCCCCCCAGAAUUGCUGUAAUUAUACUCAUGUCGCAGUAUCUAACUUCUUUCUGUGAAAGAGAUCAGAGAAAAGAGGAAAAACACUAAACUUUUUUUAUUUUAUUUCCAGCAAUGUUUUUUUUUUUUUUUUUCAGCAGGAAAACUGAUGCCGAAAUGUGCUUUGACAAGACUGGUGUACCUUGUUGAAAGCAACCAUCUGUCAGCUGUGGUUUUACGUAUUUCUAUGCACAUCCUUCAUUUUUUUUUUUUUUUUCUAAGUCUGUUUGCUGAACAUCGUCUCUUACAGCCAUGACAGCUAAUUUAAUCCAAAACGACGAUUUAUUUACACAUCUGGUGGGAAAACAUUUUAAAUGCUUCCAGGUCCUUCUGUAAGUUUGACUAAAUCUGUUUACAUCUGGUCCUGUUUUUAGUUGUUUUUUUUAAAAUUGCUUUUAAUAUCAAAUGCCCUGUUUUUUUUUUUUUACAUCAGCAAAAUUAAAAGCAGCAAGUCUUGUAAAAGCAUCAUUUUCAGGACUUUUCAGUUUUUCCCAAUGUUGCUGGACAAUUGAACAGCUUUUGCUCUACAGAAGCUGAGACAAGUAUCUAUAUACAGCGCUUUAUGGUUUCAUGGCCCCCCCCUCCUUUCAUUCAUGUGUACUGGUGAUUGUGGAUUUCUCAUACAGACUGAAAAUGUAUGCAUGUAUCAUAACAUCUAGACUUAAUAUAUUGUGAAGUAUUCAAUAACCGUUAUGUAGGCGCUAGUGUGAAUUAAAAGGGUUUAAUUUC